AUACAAUCCGUCCCCAACAGCUGCUCUUCCGCGAAACUUCACAUCCAGAGUUCCCCCCCCCCUCUCUUGUAAUUAUUUAUCAUCGCGAGAGCGAAGGCUGGGUAGCGAUGCUGACCAGAGGGAGGGCUACUGGUCCGGGGGUCAGCCGCUCAGCAGCAAUGGAGUACCUCGCGUUUUGUCUCCUCAUCUCAUGCGGGAUGAAGUUUGCAAACUGUCUCCACGCUACUGAUUUACCUCAAGCGCCUGCGCCUAUUCCCAAAGAGAAACUGCUCGUCUUAACUGUUGCAACGGAGGAAACGGACGGCUUCCUGCGCUUCAUGCAGUCUGCGGACUAUUUCAAGUACAAUGUGAAGGUGCUGGGAAUGGGACAAACAUGGAAAGGAGGGGACAUGAGUCGCUCUAUCGGCGGGGGCCAAAAGGUUCGACUACUGAAGGAGGCCAUGAAGGACCUGGCUGACCAGGAGGAUCUGGUUGUCCUCUCCGUGGAUAGCUACGAUCUCGUCUUUUCUGGGGGACCAGAGGAGAUUCUCCGGAAGUUCCAGGAAGCCAAUCACAAGGUGCUUUUUGCUGCAGAGGGACUGGUCUGGCCGGAUAAGAAGCUCGCUGACAAGUACCCCUCGGUCCGCAGCGGCAAGCGCUUCCUCAACUCUGGAGGUGUCAUCGGCUACGCGCCAUACAUCAACAGAAUGGUUUCACAGUGGAACCUCCACGACAACGACGACGACCAGCUCUUCUAUACCAAAAUAUACGUGGACCCUUUGCAGCGACAAACUCUCAAUAUGACUCUAGAUCACAAGUGCCAGAUUUUCCAGAACCUGAACGGGGCAGUUGAUGAGGUGCUUCUCAAGUUUGGAACAGGCAGCGUGAGAGUUAGGAACACGGUAUACGACUCUCUGCCAGUGGUUGUCCACGGCAACGGAAACACUAAAAUGUACUUGAACUAUUUGACAAACUAUGUCCCCAAUACAUGGAACUACGAGCACGGCUGUAGCCACUGCGAUGACGAUGUCUUGGACCUGUCCCAGCUAAAAGAGUACCCGAACGUGUUGGUUGGAGUAUUCAUCGAGCAGCCAACUCCAUUCCUCCCCGAAUUCUUCCAGCGGCUGCUGACCCUGGAUUAUCCCAAAGAUAAACUCAGAGUUUUUGUCCACAACAAUGAGGUCUACCACGAGAAGCACAUCCAGAAGUUCUGGGAGGAGAACAGACACGUGUUCAGCACGUUCAAGGUGGUGGGCCCGGAAGAAAACCUGAGCCAAGGAGAGGCCAGGAACAUGGGCAUGGAUCUCUGCCGUAAGGACGCCACGUGCGACUACUACUUCAGCCUGGAUUCAGACGUGAUGCUCACCAACGGACAGACGCUGAAGCUCCUCAUUGAGCAGAACAGAAAAAUAAUCGGCCCCGUUGUCACUCGUCACGGAAAGCUGUGGUCCAACUUCUGGGGAGCGUUGAGUCUGGACGGAUAUUACGCUCGCUCCGAAGAUUACGUCGACAUUGUGCAGAGGAAACGCGUGGGUAUGUGGAACAUUCCUUUCAUGGCACAUGUCUACCUUGUCAAGGGCAGUGCAUUGAGAACUGAACUGAAAGAGAAGAACCACUUUGUGCUGGAAAAACUAGACCCCGAUAUGGCUUUUUGUAGAAAUGCCCGAGAAAUGACCAGUCAGAGAGAGAAAGAUUCACCUUCUCCGGAAUCAUUCCAUAUGCUCAGGCCCCCAAAGGGAGUCUUCAUGUACGUCACAAACCGCCAGGACUUCGGGAGGCUCGUUUCCACCGCCAAUUAUAACAUCUCCCACUACAACAAUGACUUGUGGCAGAUAUUUGAAAAUCCCGUGGACUGGAAGGAGAAGUACAUCCACGAAAACUACUCUAAAAUCUUCACAGAGAACUACUUGGAGGAGCCUUGUACAGAUGUGUUCUGGUUCCCAGUCUUCUCAGAGAAGGCCUGUGACGAAAUAGUCGGGGAGAUGGAGAAUUACGGUUCCUGGUCUGGAGGCACACAUGAGGACAAGAGGAUCGCCGGCGGCUACGAGACGGUGCCCACCGACGACAUUCACAUGAGGCAAAUCGGCUACGACAAAGAGUGGCUCCAAUUCAUCCGAGAGUUCAUAUCGCCCAUCACGUUGAAGGUUUUCUCCGGCUACUUCACUAAGGCUUACGCAGUGAUGAACUUUGUGGUUAAAUACACGCCCGAGAGGCAAGCAUACCUGAGACCCCAUCAUGACACCUCCACCUUCACCAUCAACAUCGCCCUCAAUAACAAAGACACAGACUUUCAGGGUGGGGGCUGCCGUUUCCACAGGUACAACUGCUCCCUAAAUUCCCCGCGGAAAGGCUGGAGCUUCAUGCACCCUGGGCGGCUGACUCACCUCCACGAAGGCCUGCCCACCACCAACGGCACCCGCUACAUCGCGGUGUCCUUCAUCGACCCCUGACCUCUCCGCUUGAUCUCUAGUCCAGUCUUUGCUUUCUUUUCUCUUGGUUUUGGUUCUGUGCCCUAGAUGAUUCUCUUUACAAAAACAAAAAACAAAAAAAAGGAGUAAAUGAUCACAUGGAGCGAAUCUCUGUCAAACAGAGUGUGGAUGAGAAAAGGAAAGUAACCAAAAAGGAACGCACACUUUAGAUACACAAGAAUAUGCGACUACGCGCAAGCGUGCCACACUCUCAUUUCAAAUAUUCUCUUUAUUCGAAACCAACCACCUAGCUGGAUUUAUUGGCUCUGUAGCCCAGGAUUUUAACGUUACUGAUUUAACAUCGUCAUAAUGACAUUGCAUUUAGCAUUUAGCUGUACUGUGUUAGCAUGCACGGACGUUGUGUAUCUAAUUGUGUUGAAUUGGGUAGAAUGUGACUGAAGACAUUUAUCCUAUAAAAACAUGUCACUGCGUUCAAUGACUACUGGUGCUUAUCAACACUCCAAGUUUCUGCAAUUCCAGAUUUAAGUAAGUAUUUGGUGGAGUGUAAGUGUGUGUGUUUGUUUGUUUUCUACUCUGAUGCAGUUAAGAUUCCACUUGGGAUUUUAAUGAAAUUAAAGUUAUAUAAGUGCCUUGUGAUGAAUACAUCGUACGUUGCACACCAGAAAAAAACAACAGAACUCAUUUAUGUUUGAAUGAAGUUCAAUGAUCUGUUUUACUUGAAAGAUUUCUUUGCCUUCUUUAAUGGAAAUUGAAACAUUCAUUAAUCUUCUCUGAAGAGUCUGCGAAAUAUUUCUGAGAUGUUUAUGAAUGGAUUUUGAAACUCUGCAAGUUGUUUAACUUAUUGUGAAAAUUUAAUAAAAAAAGAC